UGGAUUAUUUGAAAGGGGGUGCUAUCUGAAGGUUGAGAGGGAGGCUGGCACCUGGAAAGUGGUGAGAGGAAGCCGCCCGCAGCCCUGCGGCCCACCCACAGAGAGGGAGUGGGCGGCAGAGCAGUCUCCACUCCUGCUCUGGGUCAGGCAUGUCCUGGACCUCUGCCAUCUCUGGCCCCAUCUUUUUUUUUUUUUUUUUUCUAUUUCUUGUUACUCAGCUAAAUUUUUAAAAUUAAACUUUCAGUUUUGAGAUAAUUGUGGAUUCACCUGCAGUUAUAAGAAAUAACACAGAAACCCCAAGCACCCUUUGCCCAUUUCCCCCAAGGGGAACACCUAGCGGAGCUGUCCUACAAGAUCACACCACGAGAGUGACCUUGACAGUCAAGACCCAGACGUCUCCUUCCCCACAGGGACCUCCCUGCGUCGCCUUCUACAGCCCACGAGACCCCACCCACCACGGCCCCACCCACCGAGACCCCGCCCCAGAGCCCCGCCCAGACGCAGGUUUCGGGAAACCCUCUUCCAGGCCCCGCCCCGACGCCGUCCUGGGACAGAUCCCGGCCCAGACGCACGCGGCUCGGAGCGGUCGGGGUACCGGUGCUGCCUGCGAGACACCCUAGAGGUCGAGGAGAGCAGCGGCCGUCGUGUGGCCGGGGCUGGGGGGCCACCCUGUGCUGAUGUGAGCACCGCGGGGAGCGGGCGGGGACCUCUGGAGCGACUCUCACCCGCCCCCCCUGCGCCAGCGAGGCUCCAGCGCUCACCGUCGCGCCGCGCCGCCAGUUUCUCCCCGUCGGGGUCCCCGAGCCCCGCUGCUGCACCCUUUCCGACCCCUGCAGGGCCUGGCGCACCGCCGGGCAUGGAGCCCUUCUUCAGGAAGCUGCUGACCUUCCUGUCCUUCUUCUGGGACAAGAUCUGGCCGGCGGGCGCGCCGCGGUUCCCGAACCCGGACUCCGACGCCGACGUGGAGCCGGAACCCGCGGCAGCGGAGCCCCCCACCGCGGAGCCCUGCAACCCCCCGGCCCCCGCGCAGCUCUUCAGGGCUGACUUCACGGCGCGGAGCGCGGAGGACCUGAGUGUCAGCCGCGGGGAGAGGCUGCACGCCCUCAGGGAGGAGGGCGGCUACAUCCUCGCCCGCCGGCUCGCGGGCUGGCCCAGCACGGGGCUGGUGCCCAUCACCUACGUGGCCAAGGCCGCCCCUGAGACGCUCUGGAACCAGCCGUGAGUACCGCCCCCUCUGGGGAGACAGGAGUAAGCCUGGGCACCCGAUUCCGCUGGGAGGGAAGGUGGCAGGGACUCUGGCAGGCGUGGUUAAGCCGGGGCGCGAGCCGGCUGGUGGGUGUGUGUGCGUGCUGCACUCGCCAGGCCCUCCUGAUCGCACCCAGGGAUUCAGGCCUGGCAUCCAGCAAUCUUUGCUGACGGGUCAUUCCUUGGAGGGCAGGGGACUGGGGACUGGGAUGCAGUUCUGAGUGAGACGGUGAGGACAGUAGUGAGCUUGUGCUGUGACGGGGUGAGGUGGUGACCCGGGGCUGGAAGGGGUGAUAAGCUGGGUCACAGAGAUGUCUUCGCCCCCCCUUCUCACCUGUCCUCACUCACCUGGCCCCCUCCCCCUGCUCUGGGCCAGGUAUGGGGCAAACAUGGCCCUGGCCUUUGGGAUUGCUCCCAGAGAGGCUCAUUUGGAGGCUGGAUCCAGGUGGGGGAGCCCACCCACUGCCCUGAGUGCCCUCGGCCCCUAGGGCCAAGGCAGUCUACAGGUGGGGAGAGGCUGGCACAGACACUUGUCUGCUUGCAUGCCAGUCUGUGAUCAUGGGGGGGAAGCAGAGGCUGGGCGCUCUUCCAGAGGAGGUGACCUCUCGGCGCAGGCUCAGGGUCCGCAGGACAGGGUAGCCUCCCGGCACAGCUGUGUGCCAGCGCUGAACAGGGCCCUGCCCUGUGGCUGUGGACACAGUGCCCUGUGGCUGUGGACACAGUACUGGGCCUCAAACGUUUGAUCCACGCCCCGGGCGUGGUCCUUCCCCAUCUUUCUCCUGAACGUCUCGGCCACUGUAAUCCCUGGCUUCUAUUUAUUUAUUUUAUUUAUUUUUGGCUGCGUUGGGUCUUCGUUGCUAUGCGGGCUUUCUCUAGUUGCAGCGAGCAGGGGCUACUCUUCGUUGCAG